GAGAUGGGAGAGUUCAUGCAUCACAGGGGCAAAAUUAAUUGACUGACAUAUAUUAGUGGGUUAAUAAUUAAAGGGGUCCCAAAGAGUUACUGCUUCUGCCUAAUUUAUGACUCUCACCUGUGCCCUGCCUCCUCCUGAACUACAAUUUAUGAAGCAAUUUCUUCUGUUUGUUCUUAAUAUAUAUUUCCUUUAUUUUAUUUUAUUUUUAUUGGUUAUGAGUACUUAUUUUCCUUCUUAAUUAUUACAGUAAAGAAGAAUCACAGAGAUCAUUGCAAGAGAGAGAAAGAGAGUAACACCAUACCUGCAAAGUCUUCAGAUAAAAUCAGUAGAAUCAAUUCUUCCUUUUUCUCAUUUUCUGGGCUGUUCAUAAUUUUUGCUAGUUGUUUUCAUAUAAAUAAAUAAUAAAAGAAUAAAAGGAUAUAUGCAAUUUUUUUUCUCACUGGUGUGAAUGGAAUCAAGAGGAGAGAGAAAGAGUGUGAAAUAAUAGAGAGAGAAAGAGUGUGAUAUAAUGGGUGGGGUUUGGUGGGUUAUUUCCAUCAGAGGCACCUGCCUGCGCGUGAAGGGGAUUGGUGGAACCAGGUUCGGCCAUCAGAAAGAAGCCAAUGCGCCUUUGACGUUAUCCACAGCACCUCCCUUCUUCACAGUCAGGCCUGUUUUCUCUUUCCUUCCUCUCUUAUGUGCAUCAUCUUUAGUAGUUUUAUAUUAUAUUCUAUUAUUAUAUAAUAUUCAUUCUUGAAUUCUAUCCUCUCUACUUGUAUGUGUUCACAUGUAUGCAUGUAAAGGUCAUAGACAUUGAAUUCUCUCUCUCCUUUCCAAUGAUAUAUUUGUGGAUUGGUUAUAUGUUGCACCCAUUGAUUAUAUCACCUCCUAUGGAAGGAUUUGAAUUAUCGUUGUUUUUCCUCUCAAUUUCUUUAAUUUAGGUUUUACUUUUUUUAAUCACUGUAAACUUCUCUACCCUUAUCAAUCCCCCACACACACAGAAAAAGAAAAAGAAAAAGUCCAUAUUUAUAAAUCUGUGUUUUACUACUUUCUAGAAGAAUUAGCCAAAGAUCAUAGAGAAUUAGCGUUUGAAGAGAGAAUUCUUCUGCAUCUUUCAGUUGGAAUCAUAAUGACAGUGUUAUUGAUCUUUGUGGUUAUGAAUACUAUUUACUCGAGUAUUUGUGAAGAACUUAGAGUAAGAGGGUUCUUGUCGGACGUCGGAUUUGGAUGGGGAAGGUCUUGGGUUUUAUAAGGAGGGGUAUGCAGCACUUUUGGGUGUGAUGGCAAGCGUCUGACUCGUUAUAAGUGGUAUCGGAGUAAGACCCAAUCCUUAAUUCAAUGUCAGAGGAUCAGAUCGACUUACAAAGUUUUUUUACUACCCUCGAUUAGGGGUUUUAUUGAACUCUUUUGCUACUUUUACAAUUAUCCAAAACAAGAGUCAUAGUUUAAUCUUGUAUUUCAAAGGGGUUUUAAUUUUGUGGGUAUUGUUUGAAAAUUAUUUUUUUCUAGGAUAAAUGGCUACAUUUAAUCUACCCACCACUAUUAUACUUGUGAACAAACAGUGUAGGUUUCCACCUCCAAUAUUAAACAUGAUUGAUCGAUUUUGUUGGAGCUGAUUGGUUUAUUAUAAUUACAGCAGUAAAAAAUUGUUUUUCUUGAUUUUAUCUGAUUUGUUAUUUAUUGCUGUAUGAAAACACUGCUAAACCUCUAUUAUUAAACCUCAUUUGUUGUUUUUUUAUUUCUUGUGUGAAGGAGCUGAUUGUUUUAUUAUACUUAUAUUUUUUCUGAUUGGUUUAUUAUAAUUGCAGCAGUAAAAAAUUUGUUUUCCUUCACUUUUAUCCAUGCUAAACCUCCAAUAUUAAACCUGAUUUGAUGUUUUUUUUUUUUGGUUUACUAUGAGAUAAUGAGGUGAUUGGUUUAUUAUAAUUACAUCAGUAAAAAUCUGGUUUCCUUCUAUCUCAUCUGUUAUUGCUGCCUGAAAACUCUGCUAAAAGAGGCAGAAGCCAUGCCACUGCCACUUCCAAAUAAUGUGAAACAAAAAAUUGAUGUGAAAACUAUUUAGAGAAAAAGCAGCUAGGAAAGAAAAUUUGAAAACAAAAGAGAGGAUAGUAUGGAGCAUUUCUGUCUUUAAUAGGCUGUGUAAUGCCUUUACAAAAGAUCCAAGUUCUCUGUAUCUGUUUCAUCAUCAGACUUAAAUCAUGUUGAACAAUACAAACAGAAAACCUUGGAAUUUUUUUAUCUUCUAUAUUUUAUUAUGUAUUAUGUAUAAAGAAAUAGAGAAGGUUACAACAGUAAUGAAGAUUCUUCUGUCAGUUUAUGUUGCCCUUUCUUGAUCGUUAUAGAGCCUGGUCCCAUAGUACAAGCUUGCAGACAAGAUACUAUAGUACCCUCAAACAUUCUUUGCCUAAACUGCCCUCUUGAUAUUAGUAAUCACUUGGUUUGAGAAAAAUUGCAAUCUAAUGAACCAUGCAACCAAAAAAACAGCCCCACUGCCCUGUCAACCCAAGAGAAUACGCCAUUAAUAUAUAUAUUCAUAUAUAUAUGUAUGUAUAUAUAUAUAUAUAACAUGCACCAAGGAAGCAGCUUUGGUUACUUUUACUUCAUCCCUCUCUCUCAUUAUUUAUUAUUUUACUGUUCAAGCACCAUGAUUCUGCAUUUCUUCGAUCAACAUUCAACCAAUUACAUGAUGAUGAUUUCCAUUUGCACAUCCAAAUGGUCUGUCUGACUUAUAUAGGUAGCUAAUUAGAAUUUAGAACUUAAUUUUUUACUUAGGAAGUUUCGUGAAAUGAUGCUUAAACGGUGGACAUAGUGCUAACUGUGUAUAUUGCCUUGUCUAGAAAGACUGAAGCCUAGCAAACUUGAGCAUCUAAAUUCUACUGGUUUAAUUAGGAAAAUUGUGCAGAUAACAAAGUGGUGAAUUUAAAAUAAUUCAAUUUGGGCAAGUCCUCAGUUUGCAUGAGCUUGAGUUCAUGUGACAAAUCCUCAUGAUUGGAUCAGUUUUUGAUCAUUUUCUCAUGGUUUUUUAAGAUGUUUACAUAUAUAUUAUGUAAUGACUAGAAUGGUCAAACUAAAAAUAAUUUUGUUAGACUCAGUCUGUCAAGUGGAUGUGGUGCUGAUGAGGUGGGAUAUGGAACUGAUCCAUUUGACUAGACUGGAUUGUAUUUGUGUGCUGGCGUUUAAUAGGAAGAGAAAUGUAAAUUAAUUGUUCAAGACCUCCUAACUACCCAUUUAAAGCAGGUAAUAAAACAGUAACAACCUGCGGUUUGCCAAAACAAGGAAAAAUCCAAAAGAAUUUAAAACCCCUAGACUGUCGCCAGCUAUUUAUAACACCCAUGAGACCCUCGGACUCUCUCUCUGCAUUGUGUACUUUGGCCUUACAGAGAAAUAGAAACCAUGAUUCUCCCAACCGACCUUCUUUCUACCUUCCACCACCCCAUUUCCUUCUGAUAACUUGAUAGACUGCCAAACAAGAGAGAGAGAGAGAGAGAGAGAGAGAGAUGAGGGGGAAAUCUUCCUCAAAGCAAGGGAGCAAAGGAGGAAUUGAAAUAGACAAGAUUGAUAAGAUCAAAGAAGAGCCUCAUCUCUCUGGUGCUUACAUCCGUAACCUUGUUAAACAGCUAACUUCUUCCAGAAACAAAGAUCCUAUGAACACCAAUGAACCUGACUCCGCAGACGGAGGAGAUGGGUUCCCUAGCCACCACCAAAAUUUAGCUAAAUUUGGGGAUGAUUUUAGUGUUUCCCAACAAUCACAGCCACCCCAGCAACCUCAACAACACAAAAAACAAGUUCGUAGGAGGCUCCACACCAGUAGGCCUUACCAAGAGAGGCUUUUAAAUAUGGCCGAGGCUAGGAGGGAGAUAGUCACGGCGCUUAAGUUCCACAGAGCAGCAAUGAAACAAGCAAAUGAGCAAAGACAAACAUCACCGCCACAACCACAACCACAAUUCCAACCGCAGCCACAACCAUUGCAGCCUCAACUGCAGCCGUCUUUGGAACAAGAAGGAAAGAUAAAAUCGAGGAGAAAUCCCAGAAUUUACCCAUCCAGCACCGCCAGUUACUCAAGUUAUCUAGACAAUCUCUCCUACUCCACUUUCACUUGCCCUUCACCUUCUCCAAAUCUUUACUCCUGGUCUUCUACAAUUGCUUCUCCACCUACUUGUGAAAGUCUCAAUCUCACCCUCCCUAACCAGACCUUAGGCUUGAAUCUCAAUUUUCAGGACUUUAGCAACUUAGACGCCACUCAGGACCACAACAACCCAUCAAUCUAUUACUCAUCUUCAUCUCCAUCAUCUUCUUCUUCACCCACUUUUUCUAUUGCUACUGAAGAUGUCCCUUCCUCGGGAAUAUCACAAGAGGGGCUUCCUGCUGGAGUGCCUGAUGUUGCCAACUCCACUGUCAUGCCCGGAGGAGACUUGGGCUUACAUCCAGCAUUGGACGAUGAGGAGAUGGCAAAGAUCAGAUCAAUAGGAGAGCAGCAUCAGAUGGAGUGGGAUGACACCUUGAAUUUGGUCAGAUCAGCAUGGUGGUUUAAAUUCCUGAGGACGAUGGAAAUUGGCCCGGAGGAGAAAGCUGAAGACAAUGGUUACCAUCCCUUUGAUGAAGUCAUGGAAUUCCCAGCUUGGUUGAAUGCAAAUGAAAGUUUCUUGCAACAACAUUUGGACGAACACUGCUCAGAUGACUACUUGCAAGACCCUGCCUUGCCAUGCAUGGACAUCGGAGAAUUUGAAGGAAUGGAUGUGGACUGGUUAUCCUGAGAAAGAUUGAUUGUUUUUUUACCUAAUCAAAUCUUUUGCCCCUCCUUUUGGAAUUUCUUUUCCUAGUCUUUGAAAUUUCUUUUUUGAAUAAGGCUUGUGGAUUUGUGAAAGUUGACAAGCCACGGGGGAAAAAUAAUAUGAAGAAGAAUUGAUUAUAUGCACUAUCUCCUUUUUGAGUUUUAUUAAUUAGAAUUUCGUUUUCUUUCCGAUC